UCUUUCGAACUCCCUCCUAUGCCCUCCGCCCAAAUCCCAAUCCCAAGUCUUAGCGGCAUUUGGGUGCAAAUUAAGCAAGGGGUUUUUGAAUUUGGAUUCUUUUUCUCCGUUAUUUAGUUUGAUUUCUUUUGGGAUUUCGAUUACGAAUCAGAUUCGUUCCGCCAACAAAGCGAUGCUGGUUUGAAUGGUGUUUUUGCGGUAGUUUCUCGAAAAAUCGGAUUUUUAGGGCUUUCGUUACGUAUCUAUUAGUUUUCCAGUUCAAAGCUUGGAUCUUUAAGAGGUUCCUCGCCUCCUCCGGAGCUCCGUCAUCACUGCCGCCGUCGCUUGCUUUUUGUCUUUGAUUUCCUUUAUGGAGACGGCGCCGUCGUUCUGGUGCUACCGCUGCGGUCGCUUCGUCAGGCUUUGGCCCCGGGCCGCCGUUGUCUGCCCUGACUGCGGCGGCGGCUUCCUCGAGGAGGUGGACGGGCCUUCUCGUGCUCCUCUCUACGCGGCUGUCCCACAGCCUCAGCGCCGCCGCUUCCCCUCCCCGGCCACCGACAGCGCCGCCUUUGAACGGCCUCACCAGCCCUCGGAGCUCAGGGUCCGUCGUAACCGUCGCGCGCCCACCGGCAACCGUUCUCCCUUCAACCCCGUCAUUGUCCUGCGCAGUCCACCUGACGUACGAGGCGAUGCAGACGGGGCCACCAGCAACAACUUUGAACUCUACUAUGAUGACGGCGCCGGAUCCGGCCUCCGCCCUCUGCCGGAAAGCGUGUCGGACUUCUUGAUGGACUCAGGGUUUGAGCGGCUACUGGACCAGCUCGCCCACAUCGAGAUCAAUGGAACCGGUGUCAGUCGCGUCUUGGCGCACCUGCCGGCUUCGAAGGCUGCCAUCGAGUCAAUGCCCACCAUUGAGAUAAGCGACGGCCACAUCAUAAGGGAAUCCCAUUGCGCUGUGUGCAAGGAGCCCUUUGUGUUCGGAACCGAGGCCUGUGAGAUGCCCUGCAAGCACAUCUACCAUCAAGAUUGCAUCUUGCCGUGGCUCUCGCUCAGGAAUUCUUGCCCUGUUUGCCGCCAUGAGAUGCCUAUGGAUGUACCAGAAGAGGACGACAAUGGUGGGGAGAUGGUGGGGUUAACCAUAUGGAGGCUUCCGGGCGGUGGUUUCGCUGUAGGCAGGUAUACAGGAGGCAGGAGAGCAGAAGGGGAGCUGCCGGUUGUUUACACAGAGAUGGAUGGUGAACUCAACUCCAGGAUGGCUCCAAGGAGAAUGUCAUCGUCCUCGCGAGGGAGUCGAUCAAGGGAGGAUGGAGGAAUUAGUGUUUUCUCAUUUUUCAGGCAUUUGCGAUCUCCUUCCUCGUCAUUGAGGCUGAGCUCCGAACCUCUUCCUACCUAUACACCUUUACUUACACGCAGAAGGAGUUCCCGGAGACGCAACACCAAUUGGGGAUUGGAGGCUGGUAAUGCCAAUACAAUUGCAAGAUCGUAAUUAGAAGAAAGAACACCUAAAGCUCAACUUUUUUGUCUGCUGGAUUUCAAUUCCUCUAAAGAACUUUAGAUACUCUUUAUCUCUGUGAUUAAAGAAGAGCUAAAGGACUAGUAUCUUCUUAGAUCUAUAUCAGUUAUAUCUCUCUCUGGCUUCACUAACAUUGUCUUGAUUCUUGUUCCACACAGAAAAGGCUGGAAUUUUUUAGGUGGCUAUGAUAAUAUUAGGAAGGUAUAUGCUUCCAUCUUGUAGUGUGCUUAUUUCAUAUUUUAGAAAUCCAUUAUUUUAUUUUCGGUAUCGUUCCAUAUGCUCUAUGGUCUUUUCGUUAUGUCGUCCCUUUAUGUAGAAAAGCUUGAAUUAUCCCCACUCAUUGAGAUGAUAAGCUGUAUAAGAUGUAUUCUUGUCCAUUUUGUUUAUUGUUCAAUUUUUUAGUUUUCGAUCAUUGACAAGUUCCUUACUUGAUUGUACGUACUUUAUAAAUGAGUUGUUUGUUUUUCCUUAGUAA